AAUCGGUUAUCAUUAUGUAGGUCAUAAUGGUUGACGAAGUUCUCACUGAUGGGUCGGUUUAUGGUGUUUCGGGACCUGUUGUCACAGCCCAACACAUGGCUGGUGCUGCUAUGUACGAACUGGUUCGUGUUGGUCACGACCAGUUAGUUGGGGAGAUUAUUAGACUUGAGGGAGGUUUCGCUACUAUUCAGGUGUACGAAGAAACUAGUGGCGUGUCGUACGGUGAUCCUGUUAAACGUACUGGAAAACCUCUGUCUGUUGAGUUGGGACCUGGAAUAAUGAACAGUAUUUACGAUGGAAUCCAGCGUCCACUUGAAGUAAUUGGUAGGAACACAGGGUCCAUCUACAUCCCGCAUGGAGUCAAUGUCCCCGCCUUGGACCGAGAAAAGAAGUGGGAGUUUACACCUGAUCCUAGUGUCACUGUUGGCUGCCACAUCACCGGAGGUCACGUGUUUGGCACCGUGCCAGAAAACACCCUCAUAACACAGAAGAUAAUGUUAAUUCCUAACGCUAAAGGAAUUGUAACAUUCAUUGCCCCUAAAGGGAAGUAUACUGUGAUAGACACUGUGUUGGAGAUAGAGUUCGAGGGGAAGAAGUCUCAACAUUCCAUGAUGCAGGUUUGGCCGGUGAGAACUCCCCGCCCAGUAGCGGAGAAGUUAGCAGCCAACAACCCGCUCCUUACUGGACAGCGAGUACUUGACGCCCUAUUCCCAUGUGUACAGGGAGGUACCACAGCAAUCCCCGGAGCGUUUGGUUGCGGUAAGACGGUAAUCUCACAAGCCUUGUCCAAGUACAGUAACUCUGACAUCAUCAUCUAUGUGGGGUGCGGAGAGCGGGGUAACGAGAUGGCGGAGGUGCUGCAGGAGUUCCCUGAGCUGGAACUGGAGCUGAGGGGAGAAGUGCAUAACAUCAUGAAGAGGACUUGCCUGGUAGCCAAUACAUCCAACAUGCCUGUCGCUGCAAGAGAGGCUUCUAUUUACACAGGUAUUGCUCUAGCUGAGUAUUUCCGUGACAUGGGAAUGCACGUGUCCAUGAUGGCAGACUCCACCUCCAGAUGGGCUGAAGCUCUGAGAGAGAUCUCAGGUCGUUUAGCGGAGAUGCCAGCUGACAGUGGAUAUCCUGCCUACCUCGGCUCCAGGCUCGCCUCCUUCUACGAGCGUGCAGGUCGCACACGUUGUCUUGGUAACCCAGGUAGAGAAGGGAGUGUGAGUAUUGUGGGGGCUGUGUCUCCUCCUGGUGGUGAUUUCUCUGAUCCUGUUACUAGUGCUACUCUUGGUAUCGUACAGGUGUUCUGGGGUCUGGACAAGAAACUAGCUCAGAGGAAACAUUUCCCGUCUGUUAAUUGGCUGAUCAGUUACAGCAAGUACAAGAUGACACUCGACGAUUACUACGAAAAGAAUUACCCAGAGUUUGUAUCUCUGAGAAACAAGGUGUCUGAGAUUCUCCAAAAUGAGGAGGACUUGUCUGAAAUUGUGCAGCUGGUGGGUAAAUCUUCCUUGGGAGAGACUGAUAAGAUUUGUUUGGAGAUCGCUAAACUUAUCAAGGACGAUUUCUUGCAGCAGAACGGAUUUACUGAUUAUGAUCGAGUGUGUCCAUUCUAUAAAACAGUGGGCAUGAUGUCAAACAUGAUACUGUUCCACGACCUGGCAAUGCACGCGGUGGAGUCAACAGCUCACAGCGAGAAUAAGAUCACCUGGAACAUGAUCCACGACAGGAUGAGGGGUAUUAUGUACGAGCUCACUAAGAUGAAAUUUAUGGACCCUAAAGCUGACGGUGAGGAGAAGAUACUGAAGAGUUAUGCGGAGCUGGCUGAGAAACUUCGUGAGGAAUUCCGCUCCCUUGACGAUUAGAUUCCGUUCCUUUGGCCAGAUUUUAAGAUCAUUCUUAACAAUAACGAAUCUGGUAUUCUUAAAACUUUAGAAAUAGCGACAGUUACCAAAUGUUUGGAUUGUGAAUAAUAUUAGAGAAAUCACUCUAUAUUCUUGGGAGACUUUUAGGAUGAUCAUCAUUUAAACGAUCUUCCAUUUUGCUAACUUUUGUCUGACAUUUGAUAUUGUACAAAUGUAGCAUGUACAAGCAUCUUAAAGAACGUUUCUGUAAGUAAAUUAUUUUGGUAUAAAUGCUGAAGAAAUCGAAAUACAAAGUAUGUACUUGAAAUGUUCAGUUUUGAUUUUUCUACAUUGCAAAAUUAAAAUGUUCUUAAUGUCUAUUUUACGAUUGCGGAGCUGGUCUCUGAUCGUUGCUUGAUUUAUUUCACCUGAUCGAUGAUAA